AUGGGUGUGCAGGACGUGACGUCUGCGCAGGCCCAAGGCACAAUUACAAACCCCAAGCAGAUUGGUCCGUACUACUCUGGAGCUAGUGGCAUCGCUGUCAACAGCAUCGUGGACGUGCAGGUGCUGAAGGUGUUGUACUGGGUUGCUCCAGGUACGCUUCUGCAGAAGGGCAACGGCGCCACGCUCAUGUGCUCGUACACCAAGUUGAGCGGCGCGCAGGCCUGCCAGAACCAGGAGCUGUUCUUUUGGAGACAUGAUGAUAUUCACUUGUAG